AUGCGCUUGUCCCCAGCUCUCUUAGGUCGACGUGGUAUAUCUCAGCUCGCUCUCGGAUCGCGAGCUGUACGGGCAAACACCAUCAGCAAUCUGAGCCGCAGCUCGAACUUCUCUCCAAUUGAUACCCGUCGUCCUCGAUACGUUACACGACAGCUUCGCGAAAUGUCUUCGGCGCCGGCGCAGCUGCGCUUCAAGAACCCCAAGAUCUUUGUCUGCGAUAUCCAAGACAAGUUUCGCAAUGUCAUCUACGAGUUUGACAAGAUAGUUCUCACGACGCAGAAGGUCCUCAACUUUGCCAAAGCCCUCUCCAUCCCCGUCGUAACCACGACCCAAACAUCAGCCAAGCUCGGUCCCACGGUGCCAUCUCUCGCCGAGCUCCUCCCCUCGCCGCCGCAUGACAAGACGCGAUUCUCCAUGUUUAUCCCCAGCGUGGUUGCCGACCUCGCCCCCGGCUCCGAGAUCGCCCUCGUCGGCAUCGAGUCCCACAUCUGCAUCACCCAGACGGCGCUGGACCUGCGCGAUGCUGGACACAAGGUGUACGUGCUCGCAGACGGCGUGUCGAGCUGCAAUCCCGGCGAGGUGGGCGUUGCGCUGGACCGGCUGCGCGCCGAGCCCGGCAUCACCGUCACCUCGAGCGAGAGCUGGAUGUACGAGUGCGUGGGGGACGCGUCGCAUCCUGCCUUCAAGAGCCUGAUCGGCGUCGUCAAGGGGUCAAUGGCUGAUACCAAACAGGUCUGGCAGUCGUUGCCUCCUGGUUCCAAGAUUUGA